GGUAUUCAGCACUACUGUAACUCAACUCAACGAUCUGAGCUAAUUCACCGUUCGGGAUAUUUAAACGUCGAGGCUGUUUAUUUUCUUCCUAACAGUCGUUUCCGCCAAGUAGAGAUAUAAUGAACUUAUAUAAUAUCCGAAAUUAAGCAAACAUUGGUUACUUUAAAAAUCACAUGUUCUUCGGUUGCCUUUUGUGAUUACAUUUGGAUAAAAUUAUAUGCGCCAUUCGUCUGUGUUUGAUGACCUGAACGCCGGCAAAGGGAAAAUGUCGUUUCUAAAACCGGGACCGUUGAAUUUUCUGGGCGCCGUGCAGCUUUGCUGCGGAAUAGCCGUUCUUGUAACGGAAAUCGUCUCGUUAUCCUUCUUCGGCUUCACUUUGACCCGCUUCUCAGCCCUUCCUCUGGGCAUCCUGUACAUCAUCACCGGCGUCUUCGGCAUGGCGGCCGCCUCCAGUCUCCGCCCCACCGCCCAACCCAGCCGCUGCGCCCUGGUGACCUCGCUGGCGCUGAGCAUCGUGUCCUUUCUAUCAGCCAUAGCCCUGGUCAUCUGGCUCUUCGUCUUCCUCACCACCUUCAACCCGGCGGAUCUAACGGGAACGCUGCGUGUAUUGGCCGUCUAUAUCGCCACCUACACCGCCAACAUCGCCGGCCCGCUCCUGGCCUUCCUCUGGCUGAUGAUCAUCGUUAGCAGUGUCAUGAUGGUGGUGGCCGGAAGGGGCGUGUCGCAGCUCAACCAACCGACGGUGGUGGUCACGCAGAUCGCCCACCCCGGGGUGCAGUUUGUCUACUCGAAUAGUCUGAAUCACCCGGAGAAAUAUCCACCUCCCUACCUUCCCUAAAUGUCCCCAGGAACAGCGUUAUAGUUUGAAAGCAGUGAUUGUUGGACUGUGAUUUUGGAUUUUUAUUUUUAUGCACUCAACGGAUUCCGGAUGUAUAGUGUACAAAAAACGAUGACGAUGCGGUUUAUUAGAAUUGCGUGGCUUCAACACUUUUAUGGUGUUUACUAUUUAGCCCAUAUUGGGUAGUGAAAACAUGUUUAUUAUAACCAUAACAAUGCCGAGAACGAUGCUGUUCACUUAAAGAGAGCAUAUGAGUUAGUGGUGCGAUUCUGUUUACGGUACAUGGUGGUUAUGGUUCACAUUGCCCUUGACAUUGCUUAUGCCGCUAGUAGCCGCAAGCAACAGCAAAAUGAA